UGCAGGCUGCCGCUUCCUGCAUUCUCACGGCCGGCAUGGCGGCGGUUGGUUGCGGGAGCGGUGCGGGGAAGAGCCUGCUGCGCUUUAUGAAAUUCGUAGGGCAGCUGAAGAGAGUCCCAAGAACAGGAUGGGUAUACCGCAAAGUGGAGAAGCCAGAGAGCGUGUCAGAUCAUAUGUACAGGAUGGCGGUCAUGGCGAUGUUAACAGAAGACAAGAAACUAAAUAAGGAUAGGUGUAUAAAGCUUGCUCUUGUGCAUGACAUGGCAGAAUGCAUUGUGGGUGACAUAGCUCCGGCUGACAACAUCUCCAAGGAGGAGAAACACAAGAAAGAAAAGGAUGCGAUGACCUAUUUGUCUGAUCUGUUACCCGAUGAUAUGAAGAAGGAGGUGUAUGAACUGUGGGAAGAGUAUGAGCAUCAGUCCAGCGCUGAAGCGAAAUUUGUGAAAGAGCUUGACCAAUGUGAAAUGAUCCUCCAGGCUCUUGAAUAUGAAGAGCUUGAAAAGCGACCAGGAAGACUUCAAGAUUUCUACAAUUCAACUGCAGGAAAAUUUAAACAUCCAGAAAUUGUUCAGUUGGUGUCUGCAAUUUAUGAAGAAAGAGACUCCAACAUAGCUUCACAAGGAAGUAGCUCUCAGCUGUAAAAUCGUUUUAUUUCUGCCCAGAAUAAACUAUUUAUCCUUU